AUGGGUUUAAAUAUGGCAAUAAAUCUGGAUAUACGCGAGCUAGUGGUGUUGGGAGAUUCCAAAUUGCUCAUUCGACAAAUUCAAGAUGAAUGGGAAACGAGAGAUAUCAAGCUCAUUCCAUACAAACAGUGCUUAGAGGACCUUAGCAAAAUGUUCAAGUCUAUCGAGUUUAGAUAUAUUCCCAGAUCCCACAAUAAGCUAGCUGAUGCUCUGGCUACCCUGGCUUCUAUGCUCCCAUACCCAGGAAAUACGUAUAUCAACCCAUUGGAGAUACAGAUACAAGAUCAAUAUGGUUAUUGCAACAUAAUUGAUGCAGAACCAGAUAAUGAACCCUGGUACUGUGAUAUCAAAUGCUUCCUAAAGUCAAAAGAAUAUCCAAUACACGCCAAUGCAGAUAAAAAAGGGACUAUUAGGAUACUUGCUAAUGGUUUCUUCUUAAGUGGGGAGAUUCUGUACAAACAAACUCCAAAUUUGAACUUGUCGAGCUGUGUUAAUAUUCAAAAAGCUGAAAGAAUCAUGAAUGAGGUACAUUCGGGGGUAUGUGAUUCGCAUAUGAAUGGAUAUGUUUUAGCGAAGAAGAUUAUGCAGAUCAUUGUUGAAGCAGAGAUUGACGAUCCUGAAUGGGUCAAGUCUAGACUAGAACAACUAUCAUUAAUAGAUGAAAAAAGGUUUACGGCAGUUUUCUUUGGCCAAUUAUACCAGCAGAGGAUGGUGCAAGCUUACAAUAAGAAGCUUACGAAUUUGGAUGAAAAAAUGGCAGAUAAGGCUAUCAAUGCUGGUUCGGUCAAAAGAUAUUAUAUCUGA